CACUGUCCUGCGUAUUGCGUCCACCACCGCCAUGCUCCGCUCCGCAUUCAGCUCGCUCGGGCUGUUCCGUCGGCCAGCGCCGUCGUUUGCGCCGUCCGCCGCUGUCGCGCCGUCGCCGUUUGCGGCGCUCGGCGUGCGCUUCCGUGGGCAGCUGGCGCCGAGGAAAACCAAGUACCGCAAGAGCCAGAAGGGACGGCCGUCGUUUCCGACUGGCGGUUCGAUCAAGGGUACAACGCUCCAGUUCGAUGGCUAUGGCCUCCGCCUACUCUCUGCCGUCCGCCUGACGGCCGGGCAGCUCACCUCGAUCCGCGAGUCGGUUAAGCGCAAGAUCAAGCCGAUCAAGGGUGCUGAGUUCUACCUCCGCGUCUUCCCCGAUGUCCCCGUGUGCGUCAAGGGCAACGAGACCCGUAUGGGCAAGGGCAAGGGAGCCUUCGAGUACUGGGCGUGCCGUGUGCCCGCCGGGCGCGUGGUGAUGGAGGUGGCAGGUGGCGGCAUCCGUGAGGAGGUGGCCAAGCAGGCUCUCAAACUCGCGCAGGUCAAGAUCCCCGUCAAGACUGAGUUUAUCUCGCCCAACACGCCGCCCCGUCUGGGCACACUUGUGUCCGGCGAGCUCGGUAAACCUGAGGAGGCGCAGAAGCUCAUCACGGUGCAGCACCAGCUCAGCCCCGUGAUGCAGAGCUUGCAAGCGCAGGCAGCGGCAGCGGCGGCGGGGUCGGCGGCCCCAGUCUCCGCAUAGAGG